AUGGUAAGCCGAUUCAUGGAGGAACUAAACUACACGCAUUUGAAGGCUAUUAAAAGAAUUCUUCGAUACAUCCGAGGAACGUCGUCACUCGGGUUACUAUACUCCCAGACAAAGGAAUACAAGUUGAUCGGUUAUUCCAAUAGUGAUUGGUGUGGAGAUAUAGAUGAUCGAAAAAGUACAUCGGGAUAUGUGUUUUAUAUGGGAGACACAACUUUCACAUGGCUCUUAAAGAAGCAGCCAAUAAUGACAUUGUCAACAUGUGAGCAAUACGAAGCAAUUGAAAUACGAGUCGACAACAAAUCAGCAAUUGAGUUGGCAAGGAAUCUGGUGCACCAUGAGAGGAGCAAGCAUAUCGAUGUUCGUUUCUAUUUUAUACGGGAACAUGUGAAGGAAAGUAAUGUGCAAUUAAGUCAUGUUGUGAGUCGUGAUCAAGUGGCGGAUAUUUUUACAAAGGCGCUACCAACUGUGUUGUUCGAAAAUUUCAAGAGGAUGAUUGGAAUGAAAGAUGGAAAAGAUUUGAGUUUAAGGGAGGAAUUUGUUACACAAUAA